GAGGAGCAGGGGGAGGAAGAGGAGGAGGAGUGUAAAGAAUGUAAGGCGGCAGCAGCAGCGGCGGGUUGAGUCUCCACCCUGCAGCUGCAGACCUGAACAGACUCUCCGCUCACCUGAACAGUCCAAUCAUGAAGUGGUGCUCUCCUCAUCUUCCUCGUCUUCCUCUGCUUCUCUUCUUUUUCUUCACCGUCUUGGUCGGAGCAGCGACGGCAGAAUUCAGGAUCUGUGCCUACAACGUUCAGAACUUCAACCAAGAGAAAGCAGCAAACUACAGAGUGAUGCACACGUUGACACGGAUCGCUGCUCGCUGUGAUAUCUGUCUCCUGCAGGAUGUGACGGAUCCGGACGGUUCAGCCAUCAGGAGUCUGCUGUCGUCUCUCAACAGGGAAACUAACAGGUAUGAGGACUACACCUACAAGGCAGUGUCCAGUAAGAGUUUGGGAAAGUCUCCUACUGACCUGCAGAAGUACGUCUUCAUCUACAGGACGGAGACGGUCAACGUGACGGAUCAGCAUCAGUACCAGAACAAAGACUUUUUCGUCAGACGGCCGUUUGUCGUUAAGUUCCACAGCAAAAAAACUGAAAUCAAGGACUUUAUCUUGGUUCCUCUGCACAGUGACCCCGGCAAGGCCGUGCAGGAGAUCGACCGGCUCUACGACGUCUUUCAGGAAGUCAGCAAGAAAUGGAACAACACGAAUGUGAUGUUUUUAGGAGAUUUCCACGCCGGCUGCGCCUACGUGACCCGACACACCAAGAAGAACAUCAGACUGUUCACCAAUACAAAGUUCUCCUGGCUGAUCGGAGACAGAUUAGACACCACCGUCACCGACGACACCAGCUGUGCAUAUGACAGGAUCGUGGUACAUGGGAAACCCUUCCUGAAGGCGAUCUCGCCGUUCUCUGCAAAAGUCUUCAACUUUGCCCAAGAGUUCAAACUAACCAGGACCAAGGUGCUGGAGGUGAGCGACCACUUACCUGUGGAGGUGAGACUAAAGAGCUCCGCCCUUCUCCUUCAGGCCACGCCCCUUCUGUUCCUCCUCAGCGCGGCUGCGACGGCGCCGUUCCUCCGGUCCGCUCUGUGAUCGUCUGCUGGAGUCUGCAGGUGUAAAUAAUCCAGAGAACCUGCUCAGUAAACUUUUCAGUUUAUUGGCUUUAUUAUAUAUUAUAUUAUUAUUAUUAUAUUAUAUAUUUAUAUACGGGAAUAAAAGGACAAAUCCGUCUUUUUUUACCCAAAAUAACAAACUUUUUUUUCUCAAUCACAGCUGAAAUAUUUCAGUUUUUUUUUUUUUCUGAAGAUGAAUUAUAUUUUGGCGGUGACGUCAUAUUUAUUUUCAUAUCCGAAGUGAAUAAGCUGUUCUCUCCAGUGAUCAAACCAGUAUCUCCAUAAUGACAAAUAAUCAUCAUAACCUGCUCUGAAACGUUACAGAGUGCAUCAUUCACACCUUCAUUCAUUCCACUCAGUUAUUAUCUCUCAAUAAUAAUAAUCACUUUUAUAUCAUCAACUACAGCAGCUUUACCUUUCCCUUUCAUUCAUUUCAGAGAUUUUAUAUUUUCGUCGCUGCAGUUUUUUAACAUUUAUUUCCCUGUAAACAGUGAACCAAUCAGCAGUGAUUAUCUGAACAUGUGAUAUUACUCUGUGAAAUGUGACAGUAACUGUAAUCUGAGUCAAACAGACUCUUCAACUCUGCAAACACUCAGUGAUUAUUGUUUUUCAAUCAAAGAUGUUUUUAGAUUUAUAUUCUGACAUAAAACCGUCGUUUUGUUGUUUCAGAAGAUGCCAAAUACAAGAAUUUAAAGACUUUAAAAGAUAAUUCCAGUUUAUUACAACUUACUAUUAUAACUUUAUCCAUCAGUUGUAUCAGUUAUAAUAAUAUUGUACCACAAGUUUUCACCAAAGAAAAACAAAAUAUUAUCUUCCAAACACUGAGAUGUGUUUGAAAGCUCUGGAGAAAGAUAGUAAGAGGACCUUUAUACUUUGAACAGUAAUAAUAAAAGUAGUGAAGAGUCUAUGAUGGAGGUGUUUCUGGUCCACGUUGCUGCUGUCAGGUGGAGGUUUUUUGGUUCGUGCUGUCACUGAAUGAAUGUACGUUAGAUUCAACUUUAAUAAGACGUUGUAUAAAUGUUUGUCUCUCUUCUGUCGUCACAACAUGUACAGAUGUAAAUAUCUGGAAUAUCUCAGGAAUGUUUUAACAUUUAUUGUUUGUGUGUUUUUAAUAUUCAGUAAACAUUUUUAUGUUGAAAUUAAAA